CUGUUUGCUCGGUGGCAAACACAUAGUAUCGUGGGGGUAUGAAGACAUGUUGCCUGCACCAGAUAGUAGCACCGGCUCCAGUUCUGAAAACAAAGAUGCUGACUUAGGGCGCUGUCUCACGGCGGAUGGUCUCUACCUGUAUACUACUAACUCAGUUGGAAGAGGAGUAAGCAAAUUGGGGUCUGGAUUACAUGGUACUCUCAGAGGUUUUGUGUACUGCCGGAACGAGGAGCUGGAACCAGGAUGGGUCGCUUUCGGCAGCGGCAGUCUUCUCCACCGGCCUGUAUCUUUUGAUAACAAACCUCACUCCCUUUUCCAAGUCAUUGACCAGAAUACCCUUCAGGUGUGCCAGGUGGUGCCAAUGCCAGCCAAUCAUCUCCCGGUUGGCAGCACCAUGAGCACUGUGCACCUUUCUUCGGAUGGUACUUACUUCUACUGGAUCUGGUCUCCUGCCAGUCUGAAUGAGAAAACCCCCAAGGGGCAUUCUGUCUUCAUGGACAUUUUUGAACUCGGGCUGAUGGAGGUGGUAGUGGCCCUUCCUGUCUUUCAGUCAAAUACUAGCUGUGGGCUGCCUCUGAAAAUGCUGCGGAAGACACCCAUCUAUACGUGCGGCACGUACUUGGUGAUGCUGGUCCCACCGCCAGGGGGCGCCGGCAGCUCUGCCACCCGUUCUCUUUUCGGUGGGACAAGUGGUUUGUCGUCUUUAAAAAUCCUUGCCUCUAGCUUGGUGUAUAACAUUUCGGAUGGUCAGUUCACAAGUCGCGCCGAUCUCAUAGAUGCUGCUGGAAGCUCUCUUGGUCGUGGUGCUCUUGUACCAGGAUUGGGUGCCUGUUACGAUACAGUGAACAACAUGCUGUGGACAUGCUCAAACGAUUAUAUUGAUCAGUGGUGUAAUCCUGGGAACCAGGCCUUCCAUUAUGUCUGCCAGAGACUUGGAGUCAGCCACAUCAUCACAGAGCCCAAAGAAGAGGCUAUAACCACGAAUGAGGUUAUAAACCAGUUACUGCACCAUGUGGGUGCGAUGUGCAUACACCAACUCAAUCUUCUUGCCACCAACCCCAAUCUUCCAAUCACAAGUGUCUUGGGCAAGCAGCAUCCAAUCGAAGCCCACCAUCUUAGCAGUAUUUGUGACAUUAUGGAGAAGGCCAUGGUUAAUGGAGAUACUUGUAUCAUACGCUGUAUUCUCGUUGUCUUUCAGGUGGUAUUUAAAUUUUUCUUCAGCCCACAAACUGAAAGAAACCGAGACAUCAUUCGACGGUCUGGAUUGCUGCUUUGGCAGUUGUUGAUGGCACCAAAAGAUCAAAUUUGCCCUGAAAUUCAGAAGGAAGUCUGUCUUGCCAUCAGCUCUGGCUUAAAUAUCUUGUACCCAGGUGAAACCGAAAUCAAUAACUUACUUAAGCUGGUCUUAACGGAAGGAGAGAGAAACAGCGGCCUCUCCCAGCUGCGGGAUGUGAUCUUAACCAAUUUAGCUGAACAGCUUCAAAACAACCGAUUUGGCAGCGAGGAGGAUGAGCAUUACAGACUAAAUGAUGAACUUUUACACUACAUUCUGAAGAUUGUUGUACGGGAAUCCUGUAUCUUAAUCACCAAGUGCCAAACUGUCUCUAAAGAGGAUUUUCAAAAACUCCUUUCGACUGUGCCUGCUGCAUCCUCCUGCCUGCGCUAUCUGAUGGCAGUUCAGAACCACCUUCUCAGUAACACUAUUUUGAUUAAACCCGAUGAGAACGAGGACAGUGACAGCUCCUUGCAGGGAGAGACAUUGAAGGUACAGGAGCUAAAGGUCAGUAUUUUGGCUCUUGCCACCCAAAUCCUGACUGGAUGUGAUGAAGUGUUGGAAAUGCUACAGCAGGUCACAACUGCCCUCAUAAAUAGUGACCUAGCUGACCGUGAGCAGAGGUUAAAAGGCUUGGAACAAGUUACUAAGGCUACUAUGCUUGGUCACCUUCUUCCAGUGUUACUGACUUCCCUGAUGCAUCCAAAUUUACAGACUCUGACCAUGGCCGAUGCCCUGAUGCCUCAGCUGGUCCAGUUGGUACUCUAUACCAGUCAGACGGCUUUGCUGCUUAAAACCCAGUGUCCAGUUUUUGCCGAGGUGGGCUGUUCCCCAUGUGGUGCAUCAGACCAGAAGGGCAGGCUGUUCCCCGAUCAGAGGAUGCUGGAAGAGAAGGAAGAGCCAGGCUUUCUCACUGGUUUAAAGAUUCCUGCUCCAUGGGCUGCUGGAAAGACUGUGGAAACCGUCCACCCUGUCAGAGACAACUAUAAAUUUAAAGAAACUGUCCACAUCCCAGGAGCUCGCUGCUUGUACCUUAGAUUUGAUAGUAGAUGUUCUUCACAGUAUGACUAUGACAAAUUGGUGAUAUAUGCGGGGCCUAACACAAACAGUAGGAAGGUUGCUGAGUAUGGAGGCAACACACUGGGAUAUGGCAGCCGUAGUGUCUUAGGAACUGGCUGGCCCAAAGACUUGGUGAAGUGUAUUUUCCCCCCCUUAAAUUUUAAGGUGGAAGGAGAUACAGUCACCUUCUCCUUUGAAAUGAGAAGUGGCCGUGAACACAACACUCCCGAUAAAGCUAUGUGGGGCUUUGCUUGCACAGUUCGCGCUCAGGAGUCGUCGGAGGAUGUGUCCGGAGGCCUGCCCUUUCUGGUAGACCUGGCUCUAGGUCUGUCCGUGUUAGCCUGCUCCAUGUUGAGAAUCCUGUACAAUGGACCAGAAAUCACCAAAGAAGAAGAAGCCUGUCAGGAACUAUUGCGGUCCAAACUUUUACAAAGGUGCCAGUGGCAGGUGGAGGCCAAUGGCGUGAUCUCGCCUGCCCUUACUCCAAGCCCAUCUCCACUGCCACUGACCAUCGAAGAAGACAGAGAAUUCACCUACCCCUCUGACGUCCUCGUGCCUCCUGUUGGAAACUACUUUGACCUGCCCCGGAUCAGGCUGCCUCCAGGAAUCAUGAUAAAGCUCAGGGAAAUUUCUGGGCGUGCUAGACCUCAAUUCAGACCAAGUAUAAAAGAAGUAAUUCAGCCCGAUGUGAUGGAGGAAAUGGUGGUCUCCUGUGUUAUUAAGCACUUGAAUUUGGUCGAUGCACUGCAGUCCCUAAUAAAUUUCCAGUAUCAAGAAGAACAUGCUGAGGAAUAUGACUUACUGUGUAAAAUUAUGGGAGAGACCUUCAAGAAACUCAAUGCCAUGGAGAGACAGCUGCAGAGUGUUGCAGAAUUGGAACAGAAAUGGCAAAGUGAGGUUGAUGACGCCAUGCAGGGGAAGCUGGAGAACAACAUGCCCUUCUUCUAUGAUUACCAUUUUAAUGAGAACAAAAUGAAAGAACUAGAACUUCUGUGUUCAAUGAAGGAAGUCUCCUUUGAUGGAAAUGAUCUUGAAAACAUGGUCCUAUCACUGAGGGAGAAGUUCCUACAAGAAGUGAAUUCUCUUACUCAGAAACCGUCGCACCCACUGGCUAAAACGAAGACGUUAGUCAAGAGUUUGAUGAACCGAGCCGAGCUGCUGUUACAUGUCACCAUUGCGGCCCAGUCCGGCCUCACAAGAAGCAUCUCGGGGACCCCUGCAGAAACUCCGGCUUGUAAAUCAGCUUCAGAAACAAAGGUGAUAUCUCAUGCUGUGCGACAGCCUGUUUUUCUUCGCAGCAUGUCGGCUCCUUCUGACCUGGAAAUGAUUGGUAAUGAAGAUUUGGAAUUUACUCGAGCAAAUCAGAGGCGGCGCCAUGUGACCAGCCACCGCAGCAGCUCCUUCACACUCCUGCAGUCACUGGCCAUCGAGGACAGCAGGGACAAGCCCACCUACAGUGUCCUGCUGGGGCAGCUGUUUGCUUUCAUCGGCACCAACCCUGACCAAGCUGUGUCCAGCAGCAGCUUUCUUUUGGCUGCACAGACGAGGUGGCGGAGGGGAAAUACUCGCAAGCAGGCCCUAGUGCACAUGCGGGAAUUGCUGACGGCUGCUGUGCGCGUCGGGGGUGUGACGCACCUCGUGGGUCCAGUGACGAUGGUCCUUCAGGGAGGACCCAGAAUUGAAGAAUUAACCUGUGGUGGGAUGGUCGAGCAGGUCCAGGAAGCCUUUGGCGAGACCAUGACCUCUGUGGUUUCUCUGUGUGCUCGUUACCCUAUCGCAUGUGCAAAUAGCAUCGGACUCUUGUGUACCAUACCUUACACCAGGAGUGAAGAGAAGUGCCUGGUUCGCAGUGGCCUUGUGCAGCUCAUGGACCGACUGUGUAGCUUGAGCAGUCAGACGGAGUCCGGCUCCAGUGAGAAACAAACCAAGAAACAGAAGGUAGCCACCAUGGCCUGGGCAGCGUUCCAGGUGCUUGCCAACCGCUGCGUUGAGUGGGAAAAAGAAGAAGGUGGCUCCACAGAGGCCGUGCACUCAGGGCUGGCCCGUCAGGUGUCCAGCCUUCUCACCAACCAUCUUGCCCGAGCAACUGAGUGCUGUGGCAACCAGGCCGCCGGGAACGAUGCCCUCCAGGAUGUCCUUAGUCUUCUCAAUGAUCUCUCAAGGAGUCACAUAGGUAAAGCCAUCCUGAGCCAGCCAGCUUGUGUGUCCAAACUCCUCUCCCUGCUGCUUGACCAGCGCCCAUCUCCAAAGCUCGUCCUUAUCAUUCUUCAGCUGUGCCGGGCGGCGCUCCCGCUGAUGAGCGUGGAAGACUGUGGCAACGUGGAGCUCCCACCGUGGAGCUACUCCGUUCCCUCCCUAAACAGUGAGCAGGAGGAUCCCAGCGACCCAGCGUCCAAGAUAGCCUCAUUGCUCUUAGCAAAGCUGGCAGAUUACGUGGUCCCAGGAUGUCAGACAGUUCUCUCUCCAACUGCUUCUGAACCUGACACUACGUUGACGAAAACCAGUCCCAAGAGUUCCUUAAAAGGAGAUAAAGAUCCUGGAGAAGAGAGUGAAGCAGUGGAUGGCAAGCUGUCUAUCUUUAUCCACAAGCGGGAAGACCAGUCGUCCCAUGAGGUUCUCCAGCCAUUACUGAGUAGCUCCGAAGGACGGCCCUUCCGACUUGGCACUGGCGCCAACAUGGAGAAAGUUGUGAAAAUGGAUCGAGACAUGACGAAGGGCGGCUGCUGUGAAGUGAUUACAGAAGAGGCCGCAGCCGCUCUUCGGAAGGCAACCAAGUGGGCACAGUCUGGCCUCAUCGUCAGCGUUGGGCCACCUGUAGAGUCCAUCAACCCAGAGACUGUGAGCGGACUGUCCACAGGCGACAAGAAGAAAACCGCCCAGACCUCCAUUUGCCGAGAGAGGAACUCGGAGCUCGCAAGGACUGACCCCGUCCGACCCUUCAUCAGCGGGCACGUGGCAAACAGCAUGGCCGCAGAGGUGAUUGCCUUGCUUCAUAGCUUGCUGAUGGCACCCGAGUCAAAUGCUGCUCAGAUAUGGACCACAACAGCAGAAAAGGUUCUGUCUCGUGCGCUGAUGUACAUUCCACAGUUGGGGAAAUACGCAGAGAGCAUUCUGGAAAACGGCAGCAGCAGUGGCAGGAAACUCGCCAAACUUCAGAGAAUCGCCCGCCAGGCUGUCGCUGCACUGUGUGCUCUCGGAGGAUUCAAAGAGACCAUCAAGAUAGGGUCUGAGGUUCAGGUUUUAGGUAGAGGAAUAUCAGGAAGCAUCGGAGUAGUGGCUUCUAUCAAUGAACAGGAAGGUAUAGCUACAGUCAGAUUCCCACCCAUAGACUGUAGAAAGACUUCGCAAGCGUCAGACACAUUGACUAUUCCAUUGUCUAGACUUUGUGUUCCAAGAUCAGAGGCACUGCCUCUUCAUAAACUGUCCAUUACUGAGAAGGUAGUACAGGCAGUCCAGUCCAUGUUGCUUCCUCAGGAGGGAAGUCUCUCUAUUCAUACCUCACUUCCUGCAACAGGAGAUGGGUCAGCUCCUGUGAUGGCAGUCGUUCGGCUCCUGGCUGAAAUAAGAACAAGAGCAUGCCUGGUCAUGGCCCAGCUUUUAGAAGACAGCUUGUUUUGUGAAGAAUUCAUACAACAGUGUCCCGCAGCUGUCGAAGUGCUCAACCUAGUAGCCCAGGAGUGCAGUGCGGGAGAGCGACUGGCAGUUGUGGAGGUACAGUGUGAACGGCUGCGGAUGCUCUACCGGGACUGCGCUCGGCCCCCACCCCCUCCACUGCAGGCCGACCGGAGACAGCCCAAAGAGAUCACUUGGAGCCCCUCGAGAGUGUUCCCGCCUGUCCGAGCCUGCAUGUUCUCAUCACGCCUGACUUCUGUCACCUUCCUGGCUGACCCCAGCGCUGGGGGCGGUCUGCCCCGGGGCACAUUUAUCUAUGCCACCUCACCACUGCCAGUGCAGGCCCCAUCUUUUUACUGGGAAAUUGAAAUUGUUUCCUAUGGAGAUACUGAUGACGACACGGGACCAAUAGUUUCCUUUGGCUUUGCCACAGAAGCAGAGAAACGAGAUGGGGCUUGGACCAAUCCAGUGGGGACUUGUCUUUUCCAUAACAACGGCCGAGCGGUGCACUACAAUGGCUCCAGUUUAUUGCAGUGGAAGAGCGUGCGCUUGGAUGUGACUCUCUCUCCUGGUGAUGUGGCAGGAAUUGGCUGGGAGAGAACCGAGGGGACACCACCUCCUCCGGGGCAGCCAGCCAAGGGCCGGGUGUACUUCACAUACUGCGGGCAGCGCCUGUCCCCGUAUCUCGAAGACGUCUCUGGUGGGAUGUGGCCUGUGGUUCACAUUCAGAAGAAGAACACCAAGACUCGCGCUAACUUUGGCUCCCGCCCAUUCGCCUACGCGGAAGGGCAGGCCCACCGCAACGCCGCAGACCUGUGCACCGAUCUGGCAGAAGAGAUCAGCGCGAACUUUGAGGCCCUGCCCUUUGCCAUGGCAUCUGACAGUGACAACGACGCUGGCACCAGUAUUGCAUCAGACCCUGGCACUCACGGGCCGCCGUGCCGCAUUGCUGCUGUGGCCACUGCUCAGCAACAAUACGAUAGUGACACUUCCUGUCAUUAUAAAGUAGAACUCAGCUAUGAGAAUUUCAUCACCUCUGGCCCAGACCCCCACCCGCCUCCCAUCGCGGAUGAUGAAAGUGAUGAUGAGGACGAUGACGACGUCCCACAGGAGGACCACUACGCCCUGCUGGUGAAAGCCUGGGAGACCAAGGUGUUUCCUACGAUCCGAAGACGCUUCCGCAACGAGGCGGAGCGGAAGUCGGGCCUGGACCAGAUAAAGGGUGCCUUGCAACUAGGCAUGGUGGACAUUGCCCGGCAGACGGUCGAAUUCCUGUACGAGGAGAACGGUGGCAUCCCCAGAGACCUGUAUCUUCCCACCAUCGAAGACAUUAAAGACGAAGCAAACAAGUUCACGAUUGAUAAAGUUCGAAAAGGUCUCACGGUGGUGACCCGCUCUCCAGACAGCAACAACGUAGCCAGCAGUACUGUGGGAACUGCUCUGCCCAAGUUCGCCAUCCGAGGGAUGCUGAAAACCUUUGGGCUUCAUGGAGUCGUGUUAGAUGUUGAUUCAGUAAACGAAUUGGUGCAGGUAGAAACAUACCUCCGAAGUGAAGGUGUGCUGGUCCGGUACUGGUAUCCCAUUGACAUGCUGGAAAGGCCCCCGGCGGGCUACCGAAGGACCGCCACCAACGGGCUGGUCACGCUGGACAAUACCAACCUUCAAAUUCACAGAGAGCUGCUCCGGUGCGAGGCCGCGCUGGCCAGGCUGUACUGCCGCAUGGCCCUGCUCAACAUCUUCGCCCCCAAGCUGCCACACUUGUUCACCCGCCUCUUCCACAUCCCUGCCAUCCGGGACAUCACGCUGGAGCAUCUGCAGCUGCUGUCCAAUCAGCUCCUGGCCCCUCCCCUCCCAGAUGGCACCAUCAGCUCCAGCUCCAUCCUCCUGGCACAGUCCCUGCAGCACUGCGUGCGCUCCCAGAACUGCUCGGCCACAGACCUCUUCUACCAGGGCAGCUCCCACAUAGUGAGAGAGUGGCUCAGCGUGGCCAUCACCCGGACCCUGCACCAGGGCGAGGAGAGCCUGUUGGAGCUGACGAAACAGCUCUGCUCUUUCCUGCAGACAGCCCCGGAGCAGUUCCCCUCCGAAGAGUUCCCCAUCUCAGAGUCCAAAGUCAACAUGGAUGUUAACUUCCCCGGGGCGGCUUUCGUCGUGGUGUCGUGCAAAGAAAGUCAGUCUGGAUUCCGCAAAGACUCCUCCCUGUACAAGGCGCCAUGGGCACGGGUGCUCGUGUAUGGGCUUGGCCACAAAGUCAAGCGGAACGGCCAGCUAAACCUGAUCGAGGCCGUGUGUUAUCCGAGGGAUGCAUCUCCGGCCAACACCGGCCUCACGCCGCCGCCUACGGCCAACCAGUACCCCUCUGUGAUCCUGUCCACGGACAAGGUCCACAUCAAACUGGGGGUGUCUCCACCGCCCGGAGCCGUGCUGGUAUUGCAUUCUUUGCCUCUGGAGUUCCCUCUGGCCAUGGCCUUCGCGGAGCAGCUGCUGUCCUGGAGAUUAGAGGACAGCGAAGGGAGAUCCGAAGAUGAGCCCGACACCAUCCCAACAUCUGUCCUCCUACAAGUGGUGGAGCUGCUGGGAAACUUCCUGUGGACCACGGACAUGGCGGCCUGUGUGAAGGAGCUUGUUUUCCAUCUCCUGGCGGAGCUGCUGCGCACGGUGCACGCCCUGGAGCAGAGGAAGCACCCUGCUGGCCUGUCCUCGUCCAUCGCCCUCCAGCUGAACCCCUGUCUGGCCAUGCUGAUGGCCCUGCAGUCGGAGCUCCAUAAGCUGUAUGACGAGGAGACCCAGAGCUGGGUCUCGGGCGGCACCUGCGGAGGCUCCGGGGCGGUGGCGGCCGCGGACCACGGCAGGUUCUCCACCUACUUUCACGCGCUCAUGGAAGGCUGCCUGGCGGUGGCUGAAGUGACUCUGCCCACGAACAUGAGUGUCACGGCCAGUGGGGUGCCCUCAACGACCGCCCCCAAUCUCAGCGACUCCUCGUCCUCCUCGUCCUCCUCCCCGGGACAGACGCCACAGAGCCCCAGCCUCCUGUCUAAGAGGAAAAAAGUCAAGAUGAAGCGGGAAAAGGCCUCCUCCUCUGGGAAGCGCCAGUCCUCGCGCUCAGUGGAGUCCGACUCCGCCAUGCUCAGCAUCGGGGGCAGCAAGCCCGAGGACAUGCUGUGGUUUCAUCGAGCCCUCACCCUGCUCAUCAUUCUCCGGCACCUCACCAGGAAGGACCCGCAGGGCCUGGGCGUGACGAGCGACGCCAUCGCCGACGCCUGCCAGGCGCUGGUGGGCCCCACCGCCCACAGCCGCCUGCUGGUCAUCUCUGGGAUCCCCACCCACCUGGACGAGGGCAUCGUCAGAGGUGCUAUCCGCAAGGCCUGCAAUGCCCACGGCGGGGUCUUCAAAGACGAGAUCUACAUCCCCCUGCAGGACGAAGACCCCAGGAAGCCGAAGGACAAGGCCGAGGGCGGCGAUGGAAAAGCCGAGGCGGAGAAGACCCUCGGCUUCCCCAGCACAGACAGCCUGGAGGUCAGCACGUCCAGCAGCCUGACCCCUGCCAUGAGCGUGAGCGCGUCUGCUUCCACCAGCCAGGCCUCCACCUGCAGCUCCCAGGGCAUCUCGCAGACAGUCAGUGACCUCUCCGUGGAUCCGCUGCCCUCAGGCCCUGAGCCGCCCAUCCCUCCUGGCGUAUUGGAGCCCCACGUGGUGUCCAGCCAGGAGAGUCUAGACAUUUCCCUGUGCAGCACUGGCAGUCUGGGCAGCCUGGGCAGCCUGGCGGAGCCACUGGACAACGCAGAGACGGCCUCUGUGUCGGACAUGGGCUCCGCGUACACGGUCACGUCCCUGGACAACCAGCCCCUCGCAGCACGCCCCAUCAAAGGCUUCGCGGUCGUGGAGAUAAGAUCCCGAGCCAAGAUUGAGAAAAUUCGAGCAAGUUUAUUUAACAACAAUGACUUGAUCGGUUUGUCAAGUUUGGACGGUGAAGAUGAAUUGAUGGAGAUGUCAACGGAGGAGAUUCUCACUGUAUCUGUAGUAAAUCAGAGUCUGUUUGAUACUCAGGGGAGCCCAGGGCUAGAAGAUUAUUUCAAUGAUAAAUCAAUUAAAGGUGAGAAGCUGGUGCCCGGUGCCAGGGAGGUGCUGACGGAGAUAUUUAAGAGCUGUGCCCAUUCGGAACAGAUGCUGAGCCUAACACCGGCAAAGCCCAUCAAAGUGUCGGACAUUUAUCUUAGCAAGGAGCAGAUCAACUCCCAGACCCCAGGCAACCUCCUCCACCUCUUCUUCACCAACGUCCGGCCUCCGAAAAAGGUGCUGGAAGACCAGCUCACGCAGAUCCUGAGGAAAUACGGCGUGCCCAAGCCCAAGUUCGACAAGAGCAAGUACAGCAAAGGCGGGAAGGAGCAGCACCCCGUGAAGGUGGUGAGCACCAAGCGGCCCAUCACCAAGCCGCCCGCCAAGGACAAGGCUGCGCUCAACAGUGUCAGCAGGACUGCCUUAAGUGAGAAGAAGCCAACCGUGAAGCCAAAGUCCCCAGAAAAGAGCAAGCCAGAUGAGAAGGACCCAGAGAAGUCACCCACCAAAAAACAAGAAGUCCCUGAGGAGAAGUAUCUGACCUUGGAAGGAUUUCACAAGUUUGUCAUUGACCGAGCCAAGCAAGACAUCCGUAGCGUCUGGAGGGCGAUUUUAUCCUGCGGUUAUGACCUUCACUUUGAGAGGUGUGCCUGCAUCGAUGUCCGACACGCGCACAAGGCCUCAAGGAAGUGGACGCUGGAGAUGGACGUGGCGCUCGUGCAGUACAUCAACCGGCUGUGCCGCCAUCUCGCCAUCACGCCCGCGAGGCUCCACCCCCACGAGGUGUAUCUGGACCCCGCAGACGCCGCCGACCCCAGAGUGGCCUGUCUCCUGAACGUGCCCGUCGAGAGCCUGCGCCUGCGGUUCGCCUUGCUCCAGUCCCUGAACACCACGCUGGAGACCUUCUUCCUGCCUCUGGUGGAGCUGCGCCAGACCCCCAUGUUUGCCCACAGCAUCGCCGCCCUGCUGAAGGAGGCCAAAGGGCUCAUCUUUUACGACACGAAGGUGACGGUCAUGAAUCGGGUGCUAAACGCCACCGCACAGAGGACAGCUGACCAUGCAGCUCCAGAGAUCACGUUGGACCCCCUGGAAAUCGUGGGAGGGGAGAUCAGAGCUUCUGAAAACUCCUACUUCUGCCAGGCUGCCAGGCAGCUGGCCUCGGUGCCCUCAUCCCAGCUUUGUGUCAAGCUGGCCAGUGGCGGUGACCCCACCUACGCCUUCAACAUCCGCUUCACCGGGGAGGAGGUCCAUGGCACCAGCGGCUCUUUCCGGCACUUCCUGUGGCAGGUGUGUAAAGAGCUGCAGAGCUCCUCACUGUCCCUCCUGCUCUUGUGCCCCAGCUCAGCCGUCAACAAAAACAAGGGCAAGUAUAUCCUGACCCCCAGCCCCAUCACCUACGGGGAAGAGCAGCUCCUGCACUUCCUGGGCCAGCUGCUGGGGAUUGCGAUUCGAGCAGAUGUCCCUCUUCCCCUGGACCUCCUGCCUUCCUUCUGGAAGACUCUGGUGGGUGAGCCUCUGGACCCUGACCAAGACCUGCAGGAAGCAGACAUACUCACCUACAAUUACGUCAAGAAAUUUGAGAGCAUCAACGACGAGACGGAGUUAGAGGCCCUCUGUGCCGAGAUCGCCUCCCAGCACCUGGCCACCGAGAGCCCCGAGGGUCCCAAGCCCUGCUGCAGGUUCACGUACCUGACCAUGACGGGCGAGGAAGUGGAGCUGUGCAGCCGCGGCCGGCACAUCCCCGUGGCGUGGGAGAACAAGGACAUCUACGCGGCGGCCAUCCGGAGCCUGCGGCUGCGGGAGCUCCAGAACGCCGAGUGCGUGACGGCCGUGAGGGCGGGCCUGGGCGCCGUCAUCCCCCUGCAGCUGCUCACCACACUCAGCCCGCUGGAGAUGGAGCUGCGCACCUGCGGCCUGCCGUACAUCAACCUCGAGUUCCUCAAGGUCGGUUCCCCAGACUCUCGCUACAUCCGAGUGGAGACCUGCAUGUUCAUGAUCAAACUUCCCCAGUACUCCUCUCUGGAAAUCAUGCUGGAGAAACUUCGUUGUGCCAUUCACUACCGUGAAGACCCCCUAAGUGGCUGA